GAAAUGAAAAUGUUGUUUGUUGCAAUUUUGCUUGGUGAAGAAGUUGUAGUUGUAGAGCGAAGAAGAAGAAGAGAGAGAAAAUGGAGGAAGUGGGAAAGAGCAUAACUCACCAAAUCGGAGGUGUUCAAAAUGAUGCUCUUCGUUUCGGGCUACAAGGUGUUAAGAGCGAUAUCGUUGGUUCUCACCCUCUUCAAUCUGCUCAGGAAUCUGUAAGUAGAGUUGAUGAGGUGAUGAAGAAGCAAUGUAUGGUCAAUUUGUAUGGAACUGCUUUUCCAUUGAAGAUGGACCUUGACAGACAAAUACUAUCUCGAUUCCAGCGGCCUCCAGGAGCAAUUCCUUCUUCAAUGCUGGGUUUGGAGGCUUUCACAGGAAGUCUUGAUGACUUUAGUUUUGAGGAUUAUUUAAAUGAUCCUCGCGAAUCAGAGACUUUGCGACCAUUGGACAUGCAUAAUGGGAUGGAAGUUCGCCUUGGUCUAUCGAAGGGGCCAGUCUGCCCAAGUUUUAUAUAAGGAAAUGACUCAAGGAACCUGCAUGUUUUUUCAUUUAAACUUCUUGUUGUAUUUUCUUACGUUAAUCAGUAUACAGAUUUUUAGUUCCGGAUUUGUGACCUGGACUUUUUUUUCCACGCUUAGAAUGCCUUUUUGAUUUAUGGAAUUGAUCAAUUAAAAUUCCCAGUUUCAAUUUC